ACCAUUGACCAGUUAUGUGGUGUUGGGGAUCAAGGUAUUCGGAGAAGUCAUAAAAUAGAUUAUAUAAGUUUGGCAUAGUGUUUAUUUAUUAGUAUAGAUAGGUGACGCAGACUAAGCACUUUGUGAGAACACGGUUAGAGGUAGUGCGGGUAUUGAGAUUCGGUGAUGGUUGUCCAAUCAAUUGGAACUGUUUGAGGAAUUUUAGUUGGAGUGAAUAUACAGUAAAAAAAAAAGCUGCAUUACUUGUUAAUUGAUGGGAUUGGAGAGGAAUUCAAAACGGCUAGAGGUAUUGUGACACCCUUGAAAUAAUAGUUAACAGCUACAACUAUGGAGAGUACUGAUUUUGAUGAAGGUGAUUUUGAGUUUUCAAGAAACUACUUCCUAGCUAAAGAGUCAAGCACUUCUGUGAAGAGAUCUACUCAUAAGCUUUCUGAUAUCGAUAUUGUUGAUGAACAGGAGCUUCGAGAAGCAGUUUCCAAUAUUGAGCCUAAACACGAGAAAGAAAUUGAUUUACUGAUUAAAAGUUACAAAUGUUUGUACUCCAAAUGGGCUUUUGAGUUAAGGGCUGGGUUUGGUCUCCUAUUGUACGGUUUUGGAUCUAAGAAAGCAUUGAUUGAAGAUUUUGCUUCAACAACCUUGACUGGAUAUUCUGUUUUGGUGAUCAAUGGCUAUCUUCAGUUAAUUAAUCUUAAACAGGUUUUAAUUACAUUAUGUGAACUGCUUGGAGACCAGUUAAAGGCACAGCGAAAGACUCCUUCAGGGAGCCAACGUUCAUAUAAUGCCUUGUCCAUUGAUGAUCUUAUCGCUUUUCUAGAUGGACCUCACGUGGAUGGGAAUGAAUGUUCCAUUUGUGUUGUCAUUCACAAUAUUGAUGGGCCUGGAUUACGUGACUCUGACAGUCAACAGUAUCUUGCAAGAAUUGCUGCUUGUUCUCAUGUUCGUAUGGUGGCUUCCAUUGAUAACGUAAAUGCACCGCUUUUGUGGGACAAGAAGAUGGUUCAUACACAAUUCAACUGGUGUUGGCAUCAUGUUCCUACUUUUUCACCAUACAAAGUUGAAGGAACCUUUUAUCCAUUGAUUCUUGCUCAUGGAGGAACCACCCAAACUGUCAAGACUGCUACGAUAGUUUUGCAGAGUUUGACGCCUAAUGCCCAGAGUGUAUUUAAAGUUCUUGCAGAACAUCAACUUGCCCAUCCUGAUGACGAAGGUUUUCCUGUCAAUAAUCUUUACUCAACCUGUCGAGAGCGGUUUUUGGUGAGUAGCCAGGUUACACUGAAUUCUCACUUGACGGAAUUCAAAGAUCAUGAGCUGGUGAAAUUCAGAAAAAAUUCUGAUGGUCAGGACUGCCUGUACAUUCCUCUAACAACAGAAGCACUUGAAAAGGUUAUCGAGGAGAUCAGUCAAUAGAGGAUAUAAGCCGUGUAAGUGAUAUCGCUUAUGAUGGUAAUUACCUACAUACUGGUUAUCUCUACUUAUCAGUUUCUUUCAUAGAGAUCUGCAAGUAGUAAUGCAGAAACGAUCUGAUACAUUAAUAUUUAGCUUUUGCUUAAAGUGUAGGGCAAAAUAUCUUUAGCAACAUCAGUGUUCAUUCCUGUCAUCUAUGUUAGAAAGUUUUUUCAUGGAAAUGUCGAAAUACUGUAUUAAGCAAUAUUUCAAAAACUGAUGUGUUUUAGAUUGCA